AUGCCAGCCUUCAACCAGAGCAUUUUCCAUCCCACUGUUUUCUUCCUUACUGGUAUCCCAGGCUUGGAAGCUUCUCAUGCUUGGAUCUCUAUCCCGUUCAUCUGUCUCUAUGCCAUUGCCAUCUCUGGGAAUGGCAUGAUCCUGUUUGUCAUCAUCACUGAGUCAAGCCUCCAUGAGCCCAUGUACUACUUCCUCUCCAUGCUGUCUUUCACUGAUCUAGGUCUGUGCCUUUCGACAGUGGUGACCAUGCUAGGUAUUUUCUGGUUUAAUGUUCGAGAAAUCAGCUUUGAUGCCUGCAUCGGCCAAAUGUUCUUUAUUCAUGGCUUUACGUUCAUGGAAUCCUCUGUACUCCUAGCAAUGGCCUUUGAUCGCUUCAUUGCCAUCUGUAAUCCACUGAGAUACUCCACGAUCUUAACCAGCUCACGAAUCAUCAAAAUGGGUUUUGCAAUCAUCAUCAGAGGGACAACAGCACUAGUGCCUCUACUCCUGCUCCUUAAGCGACUGUCCUUCUGUCGUAGUCAUGUGCUCCAUCACUCCUACUGCUUCCACCCUGAUGUGAUGAAGCUCUCGUGUUCAGACACCAGGAUCAACAGUGCAUUUGGCCUGGCCAUUGUCAUCUCCACAGCUGGCUUGGACUCUGUGUUGAUCCUGCUUUCCUACAUUCUGAUCAUCCACUCUGUGCUCAGCAUUGCCUCCCCUGAGGAGCGGAAAAAGGCAUUUGGCACCUGUGUCUCACACAUAAGUGCUGUGGCCAUCUUCUACAUUCCCAUGAUCAGCUUGUCAUUGGUCCACAGAUUUGGGAAGCAUGCUCCUCCCUUUGUGCAUACUCUCAUUGCCAACAUUUACCUGCUCAUUCCUCCUGUAAUGAAUCCCAUCAUCUACAGUGUAAAAACCAAGCAAAUUCGUAAAGCUGUGCUCAAAGUAGUCUCUCUAAACUGA